CAAUGUGUGAUAAAUGGUUCGUGAUGGAUGUCUCCCGAGCCAGGUGGGGAAGACGGGAGUUCGGAGCUGUGAACGCACGACCCCUCACUCGCGUCCCUUUGCCCCUUGGGAGUGAGUUCUGAAAGUGCAGCGUGCGAUUAAAAUGUAGAUAGAUAAAAGUGUUAUAUUAACAUUGCAUUUUUUUAAAGAAAUAUUAAGUGAAGGCGUCGAUUGUGUUUAUUCGUAAGGAUCUUUGCAUGUGAUAUCGUAAUAUUACUCUAUGUAUUAUAGUCCCUCAGAAGGUCUCUCUGACUCUGUGGGUUGCGGUACAUUAAGGAUCGAUAGGUAAAACAUUUUACAAAAAUCUUUUCUCUAUUAUAAGUGAAUUUGAGGACUCUAGUCACGCAAAAGGAGCUUCAGACAGAACACUACAAUACCCUUUUUCUUAAUAUCAAGUGAACGUGUGGACUGCCGUUUUAAGGAUAUUUCUUCAAGAUGAGUACUGGGGAGACGAUGUCAUGGUGGGUGAGCGCUAGUGCAUUAUACGUAAUGCUGGCUGUCAUCCUUUUCUCUCUGCUCAACUAUUUCAAAGGCUAUUCCUUGUGCAGAUGGCUCUCCGCAGUCCAGCAGUUCAGCACGACGAAGCCAGCCGUGAAGCUAGAGGAGGUGAAGAAGCAGUUGUUCGUCGGCCUCGGGAGGGAGGUGUCGCAUGACCCUUUGCUCCGGGAGAGGGGUGCCAUCAGGAUACUGGAGAUCGGCGUUGGAACAGGUUCUAAUUUCACGUACUACCCUCCUGACACACACCUGGUGGUGGUGGAUCCCAACCCGAACUUCGCCAGGUAUUACCAUGCAAACAGAGACAGGUUCAGCCACAUCCAUUGCGAAAAGUUGAUUACGUCCACAGGUGAACGCAUGGACAUGAUACCUGAUAACAGCGUGGACGUGGUCGUAAUGACGCUGGUUUUGUGCACCAUCGACGACCCUUGCAAAAUUCUGCAGCAGAUUAUUCGGGUCCUUGUGAAGGGAGGAAAAUUCUACUUCUUCGAACACAUCCGGGAAUUCGACAGCGAGAGGCACCGCCUGAGGCAGAAACUACAGGACCUGCUGACGACGAGCGGCCUCGCCCCCUACUUCCUCGAGGGCUGCUGUCUCAACAAGGACAUGCUGCCUGCCAUAGGAGCUGCAGGAUUCUCCAAAGUGAGGGCGGAGAGGUUCUACGCGCCUAUCGACAGCUUCGUCUACCAGCUGGUGAAGCCUUGCCUUCGGGGAAUCGCAGAAAAGUAGACUUGGGAAUUGCGAUGUGUAAUGUUAUAUAAGAUACUGUAUGUAAUAGAUCGUAAUUCGGAUGUAUGUGUAUGUGAACGUAGGUGCUGAACCAGAGCGAAUAACAAGU